AUGAUUAUCAAAAGCAAACUGCCACAGAGCCAGGCCACGACCUUUGGACACGCUGCCCGCGAGGCGUACUGGGACUUUGACCACAAAAACACGCCGCUGAACCACGGCUCUUUUGGAGCCUGUCCGUUGCCUGUGCGAGAGGCGCGAAACCAGAUUCUCGCCAAAAUCGAAGCCAACCCCGAUUUGUACAUGCGGACGACUCUGUACGAGGACAUCGAGGUUGCGCGGGCGACGGCAUGCGAAUGGAUCGACUCGGAGCCUCUCAACACGGUGUUCGUGCAGAACGCCACUGUCGGCUUCAACACCGUCAUCAGAAGCCUGCCACUCAAGAAAGGUGACACUAUCAUCUACUGCUCGACCACGUAUGGUGCCUGCGAAAAGACUCUCAAGUUCUUGGAGCUCAGACACGGUAUCAAACAUGUGUCUGUCGACAUUGAGUACCCCAUGAACGACGAGGAGAUUGUGGACGUGUACAGAAAGGCUAUUGACGCCCAUCCAAGCACCGUUAUAUGCCUGUUUGAUACAGUGUCUUCAAUGCCUGCCGCCAUUCUGCCGUACAACCAGCUCGUGAAGCUGUGUCGAGAGAAAGAGGUGCUUUCGUUCAUCGAUGGAGCCCAUAGCAUUGGUCUGAUCCCCGUGAGCAUGCGAAAAACCCAGCCUGAUUUCUACGUCACCAACGUGCACAAGUGGGGCUACGGAGUACGAGGUGGAGCGAUUUUGUAUGUCGCAGAGGAGCACCACCGACUUAUCCACACCCUGCCUGUUUCGCAUACAUACCUGGACGACUCUGAGGACCUGGAGCCCGAGCAGGAGGAACGACGACUCGUUGACCGGUUCACUUUCAUCGGAACGCAGGAUUUUUCCCCUUAUAUCGCUAUCACUGCUGCCUUUGAAUUCCGGAAGAAGAUUGGAGGAGAAGCCCAAAUCAGAAAGUACUGUAACGAUCUGGCAGUAAAGGUUGGCGACUUGGCUGCUGGCCAAUGGCGAACUGAAGUGCUGGGGCACGCUGGAGCCAUGGUUACUGUUCGUCUGCCCAUUCCAGAGGAAUUUCUGGCUGCUGCGUCGGAAGAGAGGAAGCAACAGUUGUUCCAGCUCAUCUGUGACCACCCCCUGACUCGAGGAACCUACGUGCCUCCCAUUUACCACAAUGGCAAGAUGUACGUGCGGUUCUCUGCUCAGGUGUAUAACGAGCUGGAGGACUACCAGGUGGGCAUCGACGCUGUGAACGAAGCCCUAGACAUUUUUUUCAUGGAGGAGGUUGAAGAGGUUCAAGACAUGUGGGUAUGUGUAUAA